AUAAUGAAUACAGAAUAGGGAUAGUGAGUGGAGUUUGAAGGAAGAAGAUGGGGUUAACAGUGAAAGCGAUGCCACAGAUACGAUUCUCACUCCCAAUCUCAGUCUCAAAUAAGAGCAAUUGCAUUUGCAGGUUUUCCAUAACAGCAACAAGCUCCACCAACACCACUCUCACUCACUCUCACACUACAACUCCAACUCCUAAACCCAAACCAAAGUCCCCGCUCAAGAAGAGGAAGAGAUAUCGGAAGUUGUAUCCCGGAGAAACCACCGGCAUCACCGAAGAGAUGAGGUUCGUCGCCAUGAGACUCCGCAACGACGCCGUUUCCCACGACCAACCGAAUUUCGACGAGUGGCACGCCUCCAUGGAAGGCUUCAUCGCUUACCUUGUUGACACUCACCUCAUCUUCGCCACUCUCCAGCGCAUCGUCGACGAAUCUGACGACGUUUCGUAUGCAUACAUGAGGAAAACUGGGUUGGAAAGAUCAGAAGGGCUUUCGAAGGAUCUGAAAUGGUUGGAGGAACAGGGAAAUGUGAUUCCAAAUCCCAGUUCUCCUGGGAUUACAUAUGCCAAAUAUUUGGAGUCACUUGCAGAGACAAGUGCACCUUUGUUUCUAUCCCAUUUCUACAAUAUUUAUUUUUCUCAUAUAGCUGCUGGUCAGGUGAUUGGAAAGAAGGUUUCUGAGAAGCUAUUGGAAGGUAAGGAGUUGGAGUUUUACAAAUGGGAAGGAGAUGUGCCUGAAUUGUUGAAAGAUGUCCGCGAUAAGCUGAACCAGCUUUCCGAGCAUUGGUCUCGAGAUGAAAAGAAUAGAUGUUUAAAAGAAACUCCAAAGUCAUUCCGGUUUAUGGGACAGAUUAUCCUUCUUCUUGUCUCAUAAAUGGACAUUUUGUUCUCCUUUUCUUUUCCGAACUUCUCUGCCUUCUUUGAUGGUAAGUUUUCUAAUAUUUCCUUUUCUUUCUUUUAACUUCUCAGGUUCGUGGCUUUUAAUUGAUCCGGUGUAUGACUUUGAUGGGACAGAUUAUUCUUCUUGUGUCAUAAAAUAAACAAUUUAGUUCUUUUACAUAAAAUCAUUAUUAUGAGUGUGUAUUCAGUCCCUAAACCCUAAAUUGGUUUAGUGUGAAGCAAACUGUUCUCAAAAAGUGAUCCGGUUUGGAUUUUUCUAAACGGUGUGUUUUUUCGCACACUAUGUAAGGAACCAAAACAAAUAGUUAUCAAUGUUAUAGAUCCUUAAUAUUAGGGCUAAAAUGAUUGAUAAUUGUUAACUUUGAAAGACUACUUUUUUCUCAUAAAUUUUUAAACUAAAAUGACUGGUGAUUAUAAGUCUAGGGAUUAUUUGAUGGUUUUCUCUGACUAUUACUAUUAUCAUGUCUCAUCACUACACUAGUUUCUAUGUUUUGUAGCUUCCUGGCCAAGGUGCCAUACACCUUUGAUGGAUUUGCAGUCUUUUUUAUAGGAUUUUUGAAGGGCAUAGCACAAGGGAGAGAGACUCGUUUUUUUUUUUUUUUUUCAAUUAGAGAUGUAGCAUAGUAGGAACUACCUCAGGUUCAUGAAUCUGUCUUAAUGAAAUACUAAUGCCUUCCCUCAUAUUGUAUCCAUAAUUUUCUACCAUUCUUUUUCUGUACCUGUUAUUUAAUACAUUUUUUUUAACAAUGCUUGAAAAUCAUUGUAAUUUAAAUACUAUUCGGUUAUGAAAGUUUCAUUUUAGACAUUCA